GUCUUUAUAUACAGUCAACAUUGAUCUGCCGGUUUACUAUCCAAUAUGGCAACCAGGUGGGGAAUCUGUGGCGCGGGGAUGAUCAGCCAUGACUUCACUGUGGCCCUGAAAACUCUUCCUCCUGAAGACCACCAGGUUGUGGCUGUGGCAGCUCGCAAGUUAGAGGAUGCACAGGAGUUUGCCAAAAAGCACAGCAUCUCCCGAGCAUACGGCAGCUAUAAGGAGCUGGCCAGAGAUCCAGACAUAGAUGUGGUGUACGUUGGCGUUAUCCACCCCCACCAUCUGAGCACUUGCCUGAUCUUUAUGAACGCCAAGAAGAACGUGCUGUGUGAGAAGCCGCUGGCCAUGAACACCAAGGAGGUGAAGGAGAUCCUGGCCUCUGCCAAGAGUAAUGACGUCUUCAUCAUGGAGGCGUUGUGGACCCGAUUCUUCCCGGCCUCACUGGAGAUCAAAAGGCUGCUGGCCCAGGGGGAGGUGGGAGAGGUGAAGAUGGUGAGAGCGGAGUUUGGCUUUCCGCUGAUGCACGUGCCGAGAACGAGGCAGAAGGAGCUGGGUGGAGGAACGGUGCUAGAUCUCGGGGUCUACUGCCUGCAGUUCAUAUGCAUGGUGUACAAAGGAGAGAAGCCAGAGUGCAUCCAGGCUACGGGGGUCUGUAUGGAGACAGGAGUGGAUGAGACCGUUGUUGUCACGCUGAAGUUCUCCAAGAACAGGAUGGCCGUGUUUACUUGCUCUUCAAGUGUAAAGCUGCCCAAUGACGCCAUCAUUGUGGGCACGAAGGGAACCAUCAGGACUCCUGACAACAUGUGGUGCCCGACAUCAUUAGAGGUGAAUGGGAAGGAGACCCGGUACCCGGUGCCAGAACCCUAUCUGCCUCUCAACUUCCUCAACAGUACAGGGAUGCGUUACGAGGCAGAGGAGGUUCGACAGUGUUUGCUCAAAGGGCUGAAGGAGAGUGCAGCCAUGUCCCACGCUGACUCUCUUCUGCUGGCCGAGGUGGAGGACGAGAUUCACAGGCAGGUGGGGGCGGUGUGCAGCCAGGACUGCAAGUAAAUGUUAAAGCUGUGACGCUGGAUCAUCAAGUUUGGAAUAAAGAAUAAAUGGUUCUUUGUUGUAA